ACUGUCGUCAGCACACAGCCGCCCUGCCUGCGGCCGUUUGCUCAGCAGACAGAAGAACAGCAACAGCAGAAACAAGCUCACCUUCUGAGCAUGAUGUCCGGACAGAGAGGAGGCUAGGGUCAGGUCGUAGUUAGGGUCAGGUCCUAGGUUAAGGGGCGUAGUUAGGGUCAGGUCGUAGUAAGGGUCGUAGGUCAGGUCGGAGUCAUGUCCAUCACAGUGAACCUGAAGAGGAUUUCUAACCUCCCUGGACGAUCGGACCGCAAGGUGGAGCUCACCUUCAGAGGGUUCAGCCAUAAGACGCGCGUCCUGCAGUGUGAGAAUGUGGCCGUGUUCAACCAGCACUUCCGCUGGCCACACUACGGGAACAUCAUGAAGGACGAGGUCCUCUGCGUCAGUGUUUACAACAUGAGCAAAGUAUUCUCCCACAGGCUGCUGGGUAAACUGGUCGUCAGUCUUCAACACGCUGUGCUGACCGGGCGGUUGUUACUACGGGAACCACUCACAGACGUCAACUACAGUUUAACAGAAAUCUACGUGGAGCUGGAGCUGGUGUAUAACCCUCUGCAGGGCGCAGCUGGGGGGUGGGACGGACAGGACUUCUUAAAGAGACAAGACAGCCAAUCAAGUCUGGUCAUCAGAAACCUCGGCUACGAUGAUCCUGAGAGUCAGUCCGAUGCGGAGGCGUUGGAGAGAGAGACUCGCAGGAUUGGUCGAGCGCUGGUCCGGACCGGAGACACUGAGGAUGACGAGCAGGAUGAAGACGAUGAAAUCACAGACAUUGAAGCCUCCAAUAUCACACUGACUCCCCUGUUAAGUCGUUCCAGACCGCUGUCCCGACACGUGCUUGCCACCAUCCCCCGGGUGCAGAGCUUCCAGGUGAAUAUUAAUAUCUUGGAGGCCCAGAAGUUGGUCGGAGUGAAUAUCAACCCGGCGGUCUUCAUCAGGGUGGGGAACCAGAAGAAACACACGUCCACCCAGAAGUCCACCAACUGCCCCUUCUACAACGAGAACUUCAUGUUUGAAUUCCAGGAGACGGCAGACAUCUUGUUUGAUCAAGUCAUUGAGAUGAAGGUGUUCCACAGGCGGACGUUGGCGUUCCUAAUGACCCAUAUCGGAACCUUUAAGAUCGACAUCGCCACCGUUUACAGUCAACCAGACCACGGGUUCUUCCAGAAGUGGGCGCCCCUUAGCGACCCCGGGGAUACCCGGGCGGGGGUCAAAGGUUACGUGAAGGCCAGCCUCAGCGUGCUGAUGAGGGGCGAGGCCCUGACCACGUCCAGUCUGCCCCCCCCCUCCGGAGUCAACCAGGACAUCGACAAGAACCUGCUGCUCCCGAAGGGUCUGGGUGCGGAGCGGCCGUGGGCGCGGUUCACCGUCGGGGUCUACCGAGCGGAGGGUCUGCCCACAAUGGAGGCCGGGAUCUUGGCCAGCCUGUCCAAGGCCUCCGACCGGAAGGUCUUCAUCAACCCCUACGUCCAGGUCACCUUCGCAGGGCAGCAGGGGGAGACUUCGGUGGUGUCGUCCAGCAGCAGUCCGGUGUGGAACGAGCAGAUCUCCUUCAUAGAGCAGUUUCCCCCGCUGGCCCGUAGGAUCCGGGUCCAGGUCCUCGACGACGCCGCCCUGGGCGAUGUGGCCUUGGCCACCCACUUCCUGGACUUCGAGCAGAUCUCAGACCCCACCAGGAACGGGUUCAACGCCACCUUCGGCCCCGGCUGGGUCAACCUGUACGGGUCCCCGCAGAACUCCACGCUGGGGGACGUUCACCAGGCGUUAAAUGAGGGUCUGGGUGAAGGGAUCUUCUACCGCGGGCGGAUCCUAUUGGCUCUUAAUGUCACCGUCUACUCCUCCCCCUCUGGCGUCAACACGGAGACCGGCUCCGCCCUCGGCAAGGUGAAAGGUGCGAUGGGUAAGUUCAUGACGACGAAGAAGAAGAAGAAGAGGGACAAGAAGGAAGGCUCUGCGGAGUCUAAACCAGCUGAGGAACCAGAAAUUAUUCUGGAAGUUCCUGAGGCCGUUACCGUGGAGACAGAGGAAGUCCAUCCACUUCCAGAGGGCUUCCUGGGACCAGUCGAGGAGUUCUUGAUGUUUGCUACACUCUUCGAGGUCACAAAGAUGGACCCCUCUGUAGGAACCAGGCCGCUGACCUUUGAACUCUCCUUGGGGAAUUGUGGGAAAAUGAUGAGUAAAUCAAAGAAGGACCUGACAAGGAGCAGAGAGGACCUGAUGAGGAGCAGAGAGAGCCUGGGGAGGAGCAGAGAGAGCCUGGGGAGGAGCAGAGAGGACCUGGGGAGGAGCAGAGAGGACCUGGGGAGGAGCAGAGAGGACCUGAAUGAGGAGGCUCAGGGGCUGCUGGAGUCUGAGGAGGAGCUGGACAGAGAGGAGUCUCUGAACCCAGAACCACCAAACAGGAGCAUCUCCGCCCCCAUGAAGCCUCAGCCUACAGAAUACGAUAGGUCCUACUGCUGUAUCCCUCUGCAGCCCCCAGCAGUGAGGCUGAAGCCCUGUCUGUGGCUCUGGGCUCGCUGUGAGGACCACAGCUCCAGACUGUACCAGACCAACUGGCUGCACAAGAUGGCCGCCAGACUGGAGGUGGGUCUGGAUGAUGUUGAUCUCCUCCUCAGGAGACCUCGGAGCAACGUGAAGGAGCGUCUUGUUGAAGUUCUCCUGGAGCUGGUCGCCUCCGUCAAACAGUUCAGUGCCAUGGCUGCUAAGAGGGUUCAGUCCCGACCCAACAACCUGGACCGCUGCAGGAAGGAGUUCAUCAAGAAGAAGCUGAUCCUGCUCGCCAGACAGGCUGUGAGAAUAAAGAAGCGGGUCACCAGACGGACGGCUAAGCAGCGAUUGGUUGACGCUCGGAAGAUUCAGAAGAAGCUCCGCCUCCUAGCUAAAGAGCCCCAGAGCACCCUCCCUGACGUGUUCCUAUGGUUACUGAGUGGGAGGAAGCGAUUGGCCUAUGUACGCAUCCCCGCCCAUUCCAUCCUCUUCUCAUUGGUCGAGGAGCAGAGGGGGACGGACUGCGGCAAAGUCACCACGCUCUUCAUGAAGACCCCAGGUUGCGCUGUAGGACAGGUGUUUGCUAAGCUGGAGGUGUACCUGUGGCUCGGUCCCACCAAGUACAGCAAGGAGGCGCUCAACUCCCUGCCGGAGGACUUCCUGCCCGUCUAUGAGGAGCAGGAGGAGCAGGAAGGGGAGGGGCAGGCGGAGCAGAGGAGGGCGAUGCCCGUCAGUCUGUCCUGUCAGGACAGCAGAUACUUCCAGCUGAGGUGUCAUCUCUACCAGGGGCGUGGCCUAAUGGCUGCCGAUGACAACGGCCUCUCAGAUCCCUUCGCUAGGGUGGUCUUUUCCACCCAGUGCCAGGUCACACGGGUGGUCUCAGACACCCUGUCCCCGGCCUGGUGUGAGUGCUUGGUGUUUGACCGUGUUCUGCUGGAGGGCAGCAAGGAGGAGCUGGAGAGGGACCCCCCCCUCAUCAUCAUCAGCAUCUACGACUACGACACCAUGGGCAGUCCCGAGCCCUUGGGCAGGGCGUUUGCUGAGCCCCAGCUGCAGUUCGUGGAGCGGCCCUACCAGAAGCCCUGCCUCCGAUUCUAUGACAUCACUCGGGGAAAGUCCUCCGCUGGCGAGCUAUUGGCUGCCUUCGAGAUGAUAGAGCUGGACUACUCUGGCUUUGGAGAGCCGUGUCUCCCCAGCUCAGUGGAGCCUCAGGAGGUUCCGUUUGUUUCCGAUCGCUUCGUGAUCCCAGAGGAAAUCCAACCGAAGCUGACCACCUUCAGGAUAGAGGUGCUGUUCUGGGGCCUGCGCGAGCUGCGGCGGGUGCAGCUGUUCGAGGUGGAGCGCCCCCUCGUGAGGGUGGAGUGUGGAGGCAAGCAGCUGGAGUCGGAGGAGAUGCUGAGCUACACGGGACACCCCAACUUCAAGGACCUGGUCCGCUACUUCGACGUGGAGCUGCCCGAGCAGCCCCACCUCCACCCUCCGCUGACGGUGUUCGUGGUGGAGCAGCGGGCCUUCGGGAGCGUGGCCCUGGUGGGCACCCACCAGGUGCCCAGCCUCAUGGCCUUCACCCCCCCGGAGCUGGGCGACAUGAUGGAGGAGGAAGAGGAGGUGGAGCCUAAACCAGUGACCAGGAGCCCUGGGAAGGUCAAAGCUCUGACCACCGUGAAGAAGAUGAACCUCAUGGGGCUGUCAAUCAAACAGUCCAAAAUACCCAGCAUGCCCCUGAGCAUCAUAACGAGUCAGCUCGGAAAGCUGACCAAGAAAGCGGAGGAGCUGGAGGAGGAGUCCCCUGAGGAGGAGGAGCUGGAUUGGUGGUCCAAGUACUACGCAUCCCUCGAUGAACUGGAGAGACAGGCGGCCGAAGAUCUGAUGCUGGAGGAGCAGGCAGAAUCAGACAUGGGCGCUCUGAACAUGGACUCUAUUGAAGACGAGGACGAGGUGGUUGUGGACAUCGAACCCCCAAAACCAAAACGGAAGAAGAUCGCCACCUUGAAGGUGUAUUCUGGGGAUUUGGAGGCGGAGUUCCGCCAGUUCCAGGACUGGCUGAAGAUCUUCCCUCUGCUCAAAGGAAAGGUUGACGAUGAUGAUGACGAAGGUGAAGAAGAGCGGCUGAUGGGAAAAUACAAGGGAUCCUUCCUCAUCUAUCCCAUCUCCCCUGGCGAGGAGGACGGGAAGUGCCAGAUCACUAAUGGAGUUCCCAAAAACUCUCCUCUCAAAGUCCUGGUCAGGGUCUAUGUGGUGAAGGCCACCGGCCUGGCUCCGGCCGACCUCAACGGUAAAGCCGACCCCUACCUGGUGCUGAAAGCCGGCCAGCAGAAGCUCAGCACCCGGGAGAACUACAUCCCAAAGCACCUCAACCCCGUCUUCGGAGAAGUGUUUGACCUCACCGUGUCGUUCCCCUUGGAGACGGAGCUCCUGAUCGCGGUGAUGGAUCACAACCUCGUGGGGUCUGAUGACGUCAUCGGGGAGACGAAGGUGGACCUCGAAAACCGAUUCUACAGCCGACACCUGGCCUGCUGUGGUCUGGCCCAGUACUAUAACCCAGACGGCUACAAUAAGUGGCGUGACUCUAAGAACCCGUCGUCCGUCCUGGCCGGCCUCUGUCGCAGCAGCGGCAUCGACCCCCCCGAGUUCAGACCCUUGGAGGUCAAGGUGCUCAACAAGAUCUUCAAGAUCCCUCCUGACGCUGUCCCUGAAGAGCUGCUGAAGAAGAACCAGCGGACGGCGGAGGAGGAGGCAGAGAUGGAGGAGCACGCGGCCCUCAGCGUGCUGCACCGGUGGGGGGAGAUGAGGGAGUUCCUCUCGGGGGCGUGUCCUCUGGUCCCGGAGCACCUGGAGGUCCGCCCUCUGAUGAACUCCGACAAGCCCGGGCUGCCCCAGGGUUACCUCCACAUGUGGGUGGACAUGUUCCCCACGGACGUGCCGGCCCCUCCUCCUGUCGACAUCAAACCCCGCCUCCCAAUGCAGUACGAGCUGCGUGUGACCAUCUGGAACACAGACGACGUGUUCCUGGACGACGUCAACCCCUUCACCGGGAUCCCCUCCUCAGACAUCUACGUCAAAGGCUGGAUCAAGGGGCUGGAGGGGGACAAGCAGGAGACAGACGUCCACUUCAACUCUCUGACCGGAGAGGGAAACUUCAACUGGAGAUUUGUGUUUCGCUUUGACUACUUGCCCACUGAGAAGGAGGUUGUGUACAAGAAGAAGGAAUCCUUCUUCUCCCUGGAGGAGACGGAGUUCAGGCAGCCGGCCGUCCUGGUGCUGCAGGUCUGGGACUAUGACCGCAUCUUAGCCAACGACUUCCUGGGCUCCAUUGAGCUGCGUCUCAGCGACAUGGUGCGGGCGGCCAAGGCCUCUGAGAAGUGCUCCAUCCAGAUGUCCCGCGACCGCGCUGGGCCCCGCCUCUCCAUCUUCCGCUCCAAGAGGAUGAGGGGUUGGUGGCCUCUGAUCCGCCUGAAGAGCCAGGAGGACAUCGACAAGGAGCUGAAGGAGGAGGAGGAGGCCAAGAAGAAAGGGAAGAAGAAGAAGAAGAGCAAAAGAGACAAGAUGAAGAAGGAAGACAUUGAGUUUACCGACAGUGGCGGUAACACCUACCUGCUGAUGGGGAAGGUGGAGGCGGAGUUUAAGCUGGUUGCCUUAGAGGAGGCGGAGAUUAACCCUGUGGGGCGUGCCCGCAAAGAACCGGAACCCUUGGAGAAACCAAACCGCCCAAGCCUCAGCUUCUCCUGGUUCGUGAAUCCCAUGAAGACCUUCAUCUUCUUCAUCUGGAAGAAUUACAAGAAGUACAUCAUCGCGUUGGUCGUCCUGGCCGUGCUGACGAUCUUCCUGGGCCUCAUCAUUUACACUCUGCCUGGACAAAUCUCAGCGGCCAUUUUUGGUGGCUGAUGAUUUAAUACAGCACCUAAUCGCAACAUUGACAUGUACAUUUACAUUGAGGGCAUUAAGCAGACACUUUUAUCCAAACCGACUUCCAAUAAGUAUAUUUGUCAGUUAAGGGCUAAGGUUUAAUAUAGCACCCUACUCACUAAGGGGUAAUGUUGUAAUAUAGCACCCGACUCACUAAGGGCUAAUGUUUUGAUAAAGUACCCUAAUCAUCAAGGGCUUAUGUUUUAAUAUAGUAGACUACUUGUUAAGAGUUAAUGUUUUGAUAAAGUACCCUAAUCAUUAAGGGCUUAUGUUUUAAUAUAGUAGACUACUUGUUAAGAGUUAAUGUUUUGAUAAAGUACCCUAAUCAUUAAGGGCUUAUGUUUUAAUAUAGUAGACUACUUGUUAAGAGCUAAUGUUUUGAUAAAGCACCCUAAUCAUUAAGGGCUUAUGUUUUAAUAUAGUAGACUACUUGUUAAGAGCUAAUGUUUUGAUAAAGCACCCUAAUCAUUAAGGGCUUAUGUUUUAAUAUAGAACACUUCUCGUUAAGGGCUAAUGUUUUAAUAUAGCACCCUACUCGCCAAGGGCUAAUGUUUUAAUAUAGCACCCUAUUCGUUAAGGGUUUCAUUUAGUAGCUUAACAUAUUUUAGGGUUAAAGGUUUACUAUAGCAGCCUUACUCUUUGAGAAGUUUAAUUUGAAAAGCUGAAAGAAUCAAUUGUUAUUUAUUUUUUGUAGUUUGAAUUGAUGAAUAAAAUACAUUAAGUUCCAUUUGAGAAAUCGAUUAUAGAAUAGAAUUAUCGAAAUUGCACUGAAUAAAAAAUAUAUUUUAUGCUUACAUUUCGCCCCCCAUUCUAAUAGCAUAGAAAUGGUGAAUUAAGAACUCUUGCAAAUACUGUUUAAUAUUGUUUAUUGAUCAUUUUCUAUAGGUUCUGCCGAUCUAUGUGAUGUGUUAUUUUCUUAUCUAGUAACGGCGUUCUAAAUUAUUGUGGUUGUGAUAUUCACUUCUUAUAAUGUACAGUUGGAGUCGUUUAACAUUAAAUGUUUCUUUAUCAAA